CCAAUACAAACAAUAGCUAUUCUCUUCCUGCCCCGUUGUGAGCUUCCAUUGGAUACCCAGACCUCUACGAGAGCGUCACUAUCAGUUGUACCAGUACAGCCGCCUCCUCUGCCAACUGAAGAACAACUAGUUCUUCCUCCAUUACUGAACAGAGUCAAAUUCAUUAAUUGCCACAAAACCACAAGUUGGUGGUAUUUGCUCUGAUAGUUGCAUAGAGGCCAGACUGACCACCAUCUUUCCAAAAUGUAUUUUGCGCACUUUGUGAUGAUGCUGGUGCUCUUUGGUUGUUCUCUGGGAAAGUCGUUUGUCCUCCAGCCCUUGGAGAAGGAACCUGCUGCUGCUAAUGGCUCUGCCGUCCUCCACCCUGACAGGUGCCGUGGAGAGUUGUUGAAUGACAUCAGAAAGACCCUUGUUAGAGCCCUGAACCUGCAGCAGGAGCCCCAGGUGGCGGCAGACAGACUGACUGCCAUCAGAGAGCAAUGGAAGACAGCAUUCUCUGCCAUCUCUCACAAGACCCAGGACAAAGCAGUGGCUGUACCCCAGGCUGAGGGUCCUGCAGCAGACAACCGUAGUGGUCUGAAAUGCUGUCCGCUGACCUCACAGAUCUUCCUGAAAGAUCUUGGCUGGGAGAACUGGGUUAUCUACCCUGAGAGUUUCACCUAUGUCCAGUGCUCACCCUGCAACUCCCAACUGGACCUGAGCCCCUCGCGCUGCCCAUCACACACUCCUCCCGCAAAGGACGCCCCCUCACAGAUGCCGUGCUGCCAGACCACUUCUACAGAGCAUGUGCCCUUCCUCUACAUGGAUGAGUUCAGCACCCUCACCAUCUCCUCUGUGCAGCUCACCCGUGCCUGCGGCCCAGGCAACCCCCAGCCGCCGGCUGAGGAUUGAUCAUUGACCCCCCCUACCCCAUCCCAGGGAGUCCCCCUACCCCAUCCCAGGGAGUCCCCCUACCCCAUCCCAGGGAGUCCCCCUACCCCAUCCCCAUAUCUCUUCUGCUCAUGAAAUACCUAUAGAGUGGACAUGGUUGCAACAUUCCAGUAAUUAUCCCAAAAUUCCCAGGUUUUCCAGAAUUCCCAUUUGGAAGAUUCUCAGAAUCAAGAAGGAAUAUGCAGGAAAUUCAAAAUCCUCCAAUCAGGAGUUUUGGAAAAUCUGUGAAUCUUGGGGAAAUUACAGGAACAGGUUUUGGCACAUAGCCUACAUUCCUAAAUAGAUUAUGGCUAUUUCCUAGUUAUUUCCUAGCUAAUUUUCAGAAGCAUUUGAAUAUUGAAAUAUGUUAAUCUUGAGGAGCAUAAAGAAAAUUGAUCAUUGUGGCUUUCAUAGAAUCUCUGGACUAGCUCCCAUAUGAAACCCUGCUCUCCUCUCUUUUCCCAGAAGGGGGCUUAUUGUAAGCAGUGGCUACACAAAUAUACAGAGAGAAUCCUGCACAUGCGCAGAAGCUUCGGGACAUUUAGGCGGUCUCAAAAUAAGAAAAGGUCUGAGUAAAAACCAGAUCCGCAGCCACUACGUUCUGAAAAACAGAAAACUGACAGCUAUUAGUUCUGGUUGAAUAAACGUUGGCAGUCUUGCUUUAAUGACAUUUCAUAUGUGCUUUGAUGUUAUUUUUGACGACGAUAUUUCACAAUCCUGAAGCGCUAGACUGGCAAUGGAUCAAAGUAAUGCUAUUCCAUGUUCCCCACAAAAAUGUGAACACAGGCUUCCCAUGCCAAAAAAAAUAAUCUCUCAGGGUGGGAAAGUCGACCCAGCACUAGGCAAUAACUGCAGAGCUCUCAUCUAAACGAGCUUUUCCCUGGGACUGUAACAGGCAUGGAACCAGUUUUCUACAAAAGUAUAACAUUUCCAAAAAAAUACAUUCUGGGUUAUGUAAAAUAAAGAUUCUGAUCUCCCCCCCCCAAACAAAAAUAUUGUUCUUAUAUGUGCUGUGAUUUUCCACUCCAUUGAAAAACUCCAUGUUUGGACACGUAGAAACUUUGGGCAUAGAGAUAAAUUAUAGUGCUACAGGUUUCACCAAACAAAGCCUCUCAUUUUCAGUUAAGACAUUUGUUCGGUUGCACAUAUGCAGUCCAAAAAGUAUUUCAGUCUGCUACAUUUGAGACUUUAAUUGUUAUCCCUCAACGCUUCCCAUGUGCUCCUUUCGACAAUAUUGUUGUCUAUCAGUCCUUAACUUGGUCCACGGCGUUUUCUGGUUUUGGCAGUUGGAUAAAUAUAUACUCUUUUUAUAUUUUCUUUGAGAUACACUGAAUAAAUGUAUUCCUUUUACAUUUACCUCACAUUGCCACCUUUUCACAAUGUAUUUUCAUCAUAAUAUUUAUCACCACGAUAUGGAAUGUACCUGAGGUUGUCACAGCUUCACUAAAAUGUUUUGCUUUUUAAAAAAUGUGGUAAAAUGUGUUAUUGCCAUUGAUCACACAGUUUGAGAAUUUGUAUCAAUUAAAUGUCUAUUAUCUGAUUAAAUUCUUUAAUAAAUGCUACUACAAGAA